CGGUGCGUCUCAAGGUUGCCAGGCCAGCCGCACCUUCCCGAAGACCCGUGUUCGUUACCUUAAGCUUUGUAGUCACUUCCCACCUGCGCGCCACCAGCUUCAGACGCUCUCCGCUUCGCUCCGACUCGCCGUUGCUCUUACACCCGCUUGAACAGCAGAAGCAGAAAAUGGCGGGAACAACACAGCUGCUCACACUGCUGCUGCUGGGGGUGGCAAUAGGAGCCGCCCAACAGACCUGCACGGACUCCAGCGAGAUCUCCUGCCCCGACGGCGACCGCUGCAUCCCCUUCCGCUACAUCUGCGACGGAGACCCGGACUGUGGAGGUACCGGGGAGGACGAGGACGAGGAGCUGUGCAAGGCGUGGAAGAACGAUAUCUGUAACCGCGGCCAAGUCCAGUGUCGCCGAGGCAGCAGCUCCACCUCUUGCGUCAACAUUCAGGAGUACUGUGCCGAGGACUCUGACUGCGAGGGCGACCUGGACCCACGGAUAUGCCAGAUGGUCCAGGAUGGGGCGGUUCAGCGGCUUGAGGAGAUCGUGCUGAGAACUCCUGUAGGUCCCGACAACGACUUGGUGAAGAGCGAGAACCUGGCCAAAGAGUUAGUGAUGCUGCUCAACGACACGAUUGAACACCCGCAGUGCCCGACCAUGUUUACUCUCGUGGAGGACCAGUGUGUAGCCCUCUUCUUCGUCGGCAGUCCUGUGUCCCUGGCGCCAUCUCAGGUCAGCUGGGGCGAGGCACGGGCGUUCUGUCAGGUCUUCGGCGGGGACCUCAUUAGCUUCAGGGACGUCACCCACUACACCACCUUCGCCAAACACCUCCAGCAAGCCCAGCUGACGGUGGACUUCUGGGUGGGCGGCAGCCUGGCCAACGAGACUGAGGGGUGGCGCUGGACUACCGGGGCCCCGGUGGAGAUGGGUACCCCCUACUGGGCAGUCAGACACGACGAGAGUUGCAAGGUCCGCAACGUGACCUUCCCGGAGCUGAACCAGACCCGCGAGGCCAACGACGGCACCUGUUACCACUACGUGCAGGCCCCCCACACGCCCCCCCGCGGCCACUGCAUGUCCCUGUCCUACCAGCACUACUACUACAUGACCGACGAGGACUGCUUGCAAAAGAAGAGUCCUUUGUGUGUGCUGGAUGACGCCACGCAGCAGCAGGAGGUGGUUGAAGAAUAGGAAGGGAAGGGCGCACACACACACACACACACACACACACACACUAUACGUAGUUAAUAGGUGACUAACUAACGGAUUGGGAGCAAAUGCCAGGACGGUUCAUUAGCUGACAGCCGACGAUCAACCCAGACAAGCCUCCACGCAUCUCCCCUUGCUAUCCCGACCCCUCCAAGGAUCCAUCGACGUGCCCCAUACAUGAGUUACGUGGCCGUCCUCUUGACCUCCUCCACUCCGGUUGUCUCGUACAGAAACAACCCUAGGAGCAGGAUCGACGUCCGGGAGGUGCGCCGCGUACCCAUAUAGCCGGAGAUGGAUACGCCUGAACGAUCCAUCAAUUAAUUGUAUGCUUUUAUUUACUUACCUUCCAGUGUUUUGUGAUGUUUGUGCAUUGUCUGUCAUUUUUGUACUUACGAUAGACUCCAGCAGGCAUCCCGCAGACCAAGGACGUCAGGGCAUUAAUAAAAGGAGUGAAUCCAAGUUGCAAAGUA